CGCUGAUUUUGAAACCUUCAUAAUCGAAGAGACAAAUAAAAUGUAGGCUAAUCUUUUAAAACUAAUGUUUGAAAGCAGCACCGCGAAAGGAAAAGAACAUUUCUAGCAGCAGUUACAAAAAGAGAGAUAGUUUCCCCAAAACAGAAGGAAAAUCCAUUACUCCAAAGUAAGUUAUAUGAAAUGUGUAAGUUUAAUAACUACCAGUCUACCACAUUCAUUUAGUAACACUAAAUUUAGCUAACUAUUUGGUUUAAAUCUGAACACUUGUUUCGAAAUUCUUAAAUAUACGUUUGGAUUUUAUUCAAGAUAUUUAAGAUGUGGGAUGUAAGAAUUAAGAUAAACGAAAAUAAUAUUACAAAGAUCACAAAAACGAACAACUGUUUACGUAAAAUGAUUUGUAAGGUCACUGACGUGCCCAACAAGAACAAGUACGGUAUGUACUUACGUGGCCAAAAGUGUGGCAUGUCAUGUACGAAACUACGAACGUUCAGAAAAAAUUUAGUAUUUCGAAAAUUUUAGCAGCACGUACUUAAAUUUUAUAACCACUGUGUAACUGUAUUGUAUUUGCCUAUCUAAAUCGUUUCUAUAAUUUCAGGAACGUUUUAUUUUUAACACAAUCAUGAAGGUUUACUCUGUUCUAUUUCUCGCUAUUGUUAUUUUCACUGUAGUCGAUGCACUUGAAAAGCUACAAAUUGGAAUCCAAAAGAAAAUUCCAAAGGAAGAAUGUACUCAAAAAUCGAAGAAAGGAGACACCCUAUCAAUGCAUUAUACUGGAGUUGUAAAAGAUGGAGAAGAAUUUGAUAGUUCAUUAAAGAGAGGACAACCCUUCGAGUUCAAGCUUGGUGCAGGGCAAGUUAUUGGGGGAUGGGACCAAGGUCUACUCGGAAUGUGCAUUGGGGAAAAGAGAAAAUUGGUGAUUCCUCCUCAUUUAGGUUAUGGAGACCAAGGGGCUGGUGGUAAAAUUCCUGGCGGAGCUACACUGGUGUUCACUGUCGAGCUGCUAAAAAUUAAUGGCAAGGGAAAAGAUGAUGCAAAAAAAGAAUUGUAAAAAUUUAACUUAUUUAAUUCUCUGAAUACAGUGAUUGCCAAAGAGAUGAAAAAAUUUAGAUGAAAAACUGCAUUCCAUAUAAAUUGUGACAUUGUGUACCAAUAAAUGCAAUGUAUAAUGUAUGUGUAUAAGCUUGAUGUAAAAAUGUGUUUUGUAACGAAGCAUGGUUAAGGGGCAAAAUUGGGUGAUUAUUAAUUUAACACUAAUAAAAGUUAAGAAAGCAAAUGUUAGCGUUAUAAAAUAUCAGUAACAUGUGGAUUAAAACAUACAG